UUGAAUAAGGAACCAACGGAACUCGGAGGAGGGCCACCGGAUGUCUGUCUAUUUCCGAUGGCGGUCGAUUUCGGAGCGAGGAGAGAAUCGCAGAUGUCCGAUCGAUCGGCCGGCCGAUCUUCCUUCGCCUCACCGUUUGCCGGCGAACUCAGAGGUAAACCGCCUUUCGCCGACUCGUUAUCCGGCUCGAAAGCCACGGGUCCCUUCUCCCGGCCGCCGUCGAAGUUCGAUCCUCUGAAUGCGCGUUCGUCAUUUCUAGGGCAUCAGAGGAGCUCGGGCUCCUCUGAAAACCCUGGCGCUCAGGUUUUCAUGGGGUACAGGACUCAGUCGGGGGCGGGCGAGAACUCUAGGGUACAGACGGUGGAUAGCCCAUUCCUGCCGUCGGUGAACCCGACGUUGUUUGGGAACUCGGCCGUGAAGAGCCAGAAUCCAUCGAGGCAGCGGGUUCUGAAGGUGAAGAGGCGAUCGACGCCGCAGAAGGGGAAAGAUUCGGCACCGGGUGAUUCUGGUGCUGGGGCUGAUGGCGAGAAGAUCGGUGGCGUGUCGGAUGAUCCAUUUGGAUCCAAAGAGUCGAGUGCUUCUGAUUGUCCGGAUUUGUGUUGGGAUGGUUCGUCAUCAAAAUCUGGUGAUCGCGCUGGUUGGGUUGGUUUAGAUGGCUCUGGAAUGGAGUUUGGCUUUGAUUCUGGCACUUGGAACAUUUCCAAGGGUAAGGGGACGUCGGAAAUCGGUAAUGUGGGCGAUUCGAGAAGAUGUGCUGGUUCGGCUAAACCAAAUGAUGCGAGAUUCUUGGGUAGUAUGAGUUUUGGCGACGUUGAUGGUCGUAGGAUCAAUGGUGAUUUCUUAUUCGGCUGUUCAGGUGAUUGUACAACUAGUAGUGGUUCGCGGGUGGAUGGUUUGUUCAAUAAACGUGACAAUGAGGAUACGGGCGGUUCGUCAUGCUACCCAGAGGUUUCUGAGCAGACGAAGGGUCUACCUGAGCGUGUUUCUGGUUGGAAACCGUUUUCUUCCAGUACCAGUUUGGAACAGAAGGAGCCUGCUUCUGCGAGUGGCUUGGGUUCUGAAGGGCCUGUCUUAGGGAAGGAUAAUAGCGAAGGGUUUAACUCGAAGUUUGGUCGAUCUGGACUUUCUGGUGGGAGCGUAUUCGUAUUUGGUAGUCAAAAAGAUCCGAAGCAGAGUUCAGUCAAUUCUGGAGAUGAUAGCAGCAGCAUGUCGUUCAAAAUGGCAACUGAAAUGAGGCAUUUGAAGAUUGAUGACGUGGGCUCAACUGGUAGACACAUGCAUUCUGCAAAUAAUUUGAACCUUAAGGGGGAGAACAGCAUUCCAGGAAUUAGAGAAUGGGUCGGCUCUGCUGAUUCUAAGAUUGACAUUGGGUCAAUGGCUGGCGAAGAACCAAGAAGCGAACGUUUUGCCUUUGGUGCGAACAGAGGUAACACAUGGAGUUCCGAUAAGAGCAAUAGUUUAGCUAGAGGAUUGAGCGAGGGCACAGAAAAGAAGCUGCCUGAUGAAAUGAGAAAGUUGAAAAUCGAUGAGGCGCAAGAGGCUUGCUCUGGUGGGAGCGUAUUCGUAUUUGGUAGUCAAAAAGAUCCGAAGCAGAGUUCAGUCAACUCUGGAGAUGAUAGCAGCAGCAUGUCGUUCAAAAUGGCAACUGAAAUGAGGCAUUUGAAGAUUGAUGACGUGGGCUCAACUGGUAGGUACAUGCAUUCUGCAGAUAAUUUGAACCUUAAGGGGGAGAACAGCAUUCCAGGAGUUAGAGAAUGGGUCGGCUCUGCUGAUUCUAAGAUUGACAUUGGUUCAAUGGCUGGCGAAGAACCAAGAAGCGAACGUUUUGCCUUUGGUGCGAACAGAGGUAAAACAUGGAGUUUCGAUAAGAGCAAUAGUUUAGCUGGAGGAUUGAGCGAGGGCACAGAAAAGAAGCUGCCUGAUGAAAUGAGAAAGUUGAAAAUUGAUGAGGCGCAAGAGGCUUGCUCUUCUGCUUCUUUUACAUUUGGCUUUGGUACUAAAACCGAUGCCAGUGCUGGAGCAUCCAGAAAUCAAUGCUUCGUAUCUCGUAGUACCAGAGGUAGCGGUUCAGCUAGAGUGUCGAGUGAGAGCGCAAAGAAUAUACUACCGAACGAAAUGAGAAAGCUGAAAAUUGAAGAAAAGCUAGAAGUUUACUCUUCUGAUUACCGUGAGAAUCAAUCUACUGCAGCUAACAUAGAUCAGAACAUUACCAUGGGAAGUGUCGGUAGGACGCCAGAAACUAAUAUUGCCUUUGAGGUUCGGGAACGUGCGGUGCCAUCACCUGGAACUGGUUUGAGCUCCACAAGCUUUGUAUUUGGUAGCAAUAAAUUUGGCACUCAGUGCUUCCAGACAACACAAGAGGCUGGGCAAAGUGGUUCGACUGCUAGAACUGAUUCUAGAACUACUAGCUUCACAUUUGGCCACAAGAAUGCUAAUGAUUUCACCUGGGAUGAAAAAGGAGUCCGCAGUUUCAGUGCAAGCUCAGCUUCUACUGUUCCCAGUGAGGCAGGAACUUCGAAGAAUGGGAAUGGAUUGAGAGAUUCUGCUCACAGCAAGCUAGGUUCAGGCAGUCUAGGGAGAGCAACUGUUUUUGGAUUCAAGGCUGGUGAGGGGUACGGGAAUGAUGCCUCUGGGAAGAAUGGUUCUGUUUCGGUGUCUGAUAAUACGGAAGCAUCAAUUUCAUGUGGUCCUGAUGGGAAUCAUUCUGAUGGAUUCUCAAAGGAAAAUUUUCCUGCUCCCAAUGUGCCAAGGAUGUUCAGCAGCAAUGCACAGGAACAUGCCGCUGGAAAAAGCACCAGUAGCAAAACCUCUUUUUCAUUUACAGAUAGUCUUUUUCGCGAUAACAGUUUUCCCUUUAGAUCUAGUGCUUCAGCUGGUCCAUCUUCGGAAAGUUCAGCAUCUAACCUGCCUGAAGAAAUGAGGAAGUUGAAAUUAGGAGGCAGAACGCAGGACGUUGUUCAUACGUAUUCAGUUGGUACCUGUCCUCUGCCUUCUGACGGAGGGAUCUCUGGUAAGAACCCCUUUCCAGGUUCGAACACACCAGGGCCUAGAAAACCUAUUUCUGAAUUAAAGGUCAGUGAGGGCAUGGAAAAUGGUGAUGAUAGCAAUUUUGUUUUCAGGUUUAGCAGUGUGAGAACAACGUCAGUUGGGAACAAAGAUGCAUCUACUUAUACUUUUGGAGAUUCACGUUCUGAACUACAUAACGAAUUGAACACUAAAAAUGGAGGAAAUUCUCCAGGCAAUGUUGCUGAGAGUGGGAAUGUUCCCUAUCGGGUCGAGCCAGGAGACAUUGGCAGGAAUAAAGAGGAACCAGCUAUUGAUAGCAGCUCAAAACGUGAAAAUGUGGCGUCUGGCUUGGAUAAUGGUAUCCUAAGGCAUGGGAAUUUCUUUGGGAUUAAUCAUCCAAAAUCAUCAAAUGGUGAUCCAGGUUAUGGAUUCCCUGGAAAGUCAACUUCCAGUCUGCCUGAUGAGAACCGGUCCUCAAACAAUAAAAAUGGAAUCUAUAAGACUGGGUACCAUAGUUCCAAUGUACCAGGGACCUCCAAGGGUGACAGUGAAAGUUCAUCCACUAGGAAAAGCUCUAUACAUGCGAGCAGCUUCUCAAAUGCAGGUGAUAGUUUCUAUCAGAAAAUUCCUGAUGUAGAGCAGAAUUACGCUAACUGGUUUCAGAUGAACUCAGAGUCCACCCUGAAUGACGAGACGAGGAAGUUGGAUUUAGAGAACAUCUCACACAAUUCUGGUAGCACGCGCGGUACUGUUAAUGUUCCUGUUUCUUGUGAGCCAGGGAUCGUUGGUGGAGAGAGGAGGAUUCCCACCAAGGACAAAUUUAGCACUUCUCAAGGUGGAGUUACUCAGCAGGGUGAUUUUAUCUUUGGAUCUAGCACUUCGGGUCUGAAUGAUAACUUAACUGGUCAUUCUUUUCAAACCACAGAUGGUGUGCUGCCCAACGAAAUGGGAAAAUCAACUACUGAGAAUGAAAAACUGAAAUUUAAUAGUACAUUUCUUCAUGGUAGUUCUCAUGCUCCCAGGACGUCCAGCAAACCAGGGAGAUAUAGCCAUUACUCAAGCAAGGGAAAGAAUUCCAGGCGUUCCUCUGUAGCCAGAUCACACGGAACUGGUAAGGCUCAUCAUCCUGGACAUAAUGUACAUGACAUUGAUGAUCCAACUUUUUCAGUUCAUAGAGCAGACACGGAUAUCUCUUCUUCUAGGUACUCCAGCGAAGAUUCAUUAAAUGUAUCAGAGAAGAGUUCACGUGAAUCCAUGGGUCAUGAAAGAGUUUUGGGAUCUUUCAAGUUCGGAGGGGAAAGAGAAAGGGAAUCUGGUCCUGAGAUGCAUCCAGUGGAAGACGCAAGGCUUAACACAAGCAGUAGAACGUCUUCAGCAUCCAUUGGGUGUAAAGUCCCAUCAUUUGCUAGCAUUCCCUCAGAGUUACCUGGUUCUUGGGGAUGUUCAGAGGAACCACACGCAGGUGCAGGAACUUCACAUCUUGAGAAUCCAUCUCAACCCAAAGAUUUCAUGGGGUUCACUUCUGCGAACUCUUUCACAAGCGAGGACAAGCAAUUUGCAUUUAAUUCCAAAGAAGGACGCAGCAAAACUGUUAGACCAAAGAAAAGGAGAGGGAAGUUGAAGCAGCCUGCUGUAAGUCAAUCUAGGGAACAGUCAACUUUACCUCAGGAGAUAAGUUCCUUGGAAAGGUCUGAAUUGGACUCUUCGGGAAGUUACUCACCAAUGGAUUUCUCUCCUUACAGGGAAACAUCCCCUUGUGAUUUCUCGAGGGCAACCUCUGUAGCAUCUGGUGAAUCUGUUGGUCCUGGUGUUGAUCAUGUCUCAAAAGAUUCCUAUUGUGCUGUUCCCAGUGAUGAGGUAGACACAAAAGUGGAUAGUGGUUCACAGCCCUUACACAGUGAUGAAGGGGUGACAAAAGAAAAGUUGGACAAUUUGAUUGGGGAAAAUGUGAAGCAGUAUGUUAGCAGAAGCACAGCUGGGCCCAUGGACUCCAACAGAAAUGACACUUGGAGAGGGUCUGGGGAUAAUCAUCAUUCUGCUUCAAGGGCUGAAAAUGAAUGGCUUGACUCUAAAAUGGCAAAUCUGGAUGUUGAGAGUGAAAGAUGUAUGACAUCUGGUGAAUCCAAUACAUUGGGCUUGGGAAAUUCAGAGAAAGAUGACCAAAAAAUAUUCAGUUUUGCUUCAGCUAAGGAACCUGAAUUCGCAUUUGCUGCAUCAUCUGCCCCACAACCUCCUUUCUCAGCAAAGAGCCAUCCUGGAAGAAAGUUUCGGACUAAAUCUAGCAAGAAUGCUUGUGGAUCCACCUCAAGUGUGAACUCUCAGAUGAAAUUUGCUUCGGUCAUGUUCCCGCUUGCUGGUGGUGGCAUUGGUCAGGCUACUAUAAAUGAAAAAGAAGUUAGUUGGCGCCAGAAUUCUGACGCAUCAGUAAGCCAGAGCUUAUUUACUGAUGUAAAGUCAUCAGCGAACCAAGAACUUUUGUCUUCCACCAGUGGUACUCCUGGUGAAUAUGGUUCUAAAGUGUCUGUAGAGACUCCCAUUACAUUGAGUUCUGAUACACAGUCCGGACCCAAGUCAACUGCAACUGCGUCACUGGAGGCUUGUGAAAAGUGGCGAUUAAGGGGAAACCAAGCUUAUGGAAAAGGGGAUUUUUCCAUCGCUGAGGAGUAUUAUACUCGUGGUUUAAGUAGCAUUUCUCCAAAUGAAACGUCUAGAAGCUGCCGUAGAGCUUUAGUGCUGUGUUACAGCAAUCGUGCAGCAACUCGUUUGUCUCUUGACAGGGUAAGAGAAGCAUUAAUGGACUGUAUGGAAGCUAUUGCAAUUGAUCCCCACUUCCCGAAGGUGCUACUUAGAGCUGCAAAUUGCUAUCUUGUCCUUGGGGAUGUUCAAGAUGCAUUAACGUACUACAAAAAGUGCCUGCAAUUUGGAAGCAAUUCAAAUGCAGAUCAGAAGGUUGUCACAGAAGCUUCAGAUGGUUUACAAAAGGCUCAGCAAGUGGAUGAGUGCACAGACCGGGCUUCUAACCUUCUACUGCAAAAGACACCUGAUGCUACAGCAAAUGCAUUACAAGUCAUUGAUGAGGCUUUAUUGAUUAGUCGAUGUUCUGAAUGCUUGUUUGGAUUGAAGGCAGAGGCCCUUUUAAUGCUUCGUAAGUAUGAAGAUGUGAUUCAGUUAUGCGAGCAAACUCUAGGCUCUGCAGAGAGAAACUCUGUGCUUGUUAGUUCCCACUCCAGCCAUAAACAUGACGAUGGAACAGCUAAAUUAGAAAAAGGUACGGCAAGAAUUUGGCGUUGGUGCAUGAUUGCAAGGGGCUAUUUUCUUUUGGGGAGGCUUGAGGAUGCUCUUGACUUGCUUGAGAAGCAUGGAAUGGCAGAUUGUUAUGUAGAUAUUUCUUACAGGCAUGGGAUGAAAGUUUCAGGAUCUUCACCAGCAUUUCCAGCUGUCAUUCGUGAGCUACUGCGUCUCAAAUCUGCUGGAAAUGAAGCAUUUCAAGCAGGAAGACAUGCAGAAGCAGUUGAGCAUUAUACUUCUGCUCUUGCCUACAAUAUUGAGUCACGACCUUUUGCUGCAAUAUGUUUUGCCAACCGUGCAGCUGCAUAUCAAGCAUUAAACCAGAUUACAGAUGCUAUUGCUGAUUGCAGUUUGGCAAUGGCAUUGGAUACAAACUACUCGAAGGCGGUUUCUCGGAGGGCAACCUUGCAUGAGAUGAUCAGGGACUAUGGCCAAGCAUCUGAUGACCUGCAGAGACUUGUUUCACUUCUUGAAAGGCAAAUUGAGGACAAAACAAUCCAAACUGGAGCAGUUGGACGAGUGGGAACUGCAGUCGCCGAUCUAAGGCAAGCUCAACGAAGGCUUGCUGCUGUUCAAGAAGAAGCCAAGAAGGAUGUUCCCUUGAAUAUAUAUUUAAUCUUGGGCAUCGAUCCAACAUGCACUGCUUCAGAAGUCAAGAAAGCAUACCGCAAGGCAGCACUCAAACAUCAUCCUGACAAGGCUGGUCAGUUCCUGGUAAGAAAUGAGAAUGGCGAUGAUGGUCUCUGGAAAGAAGUUGCUGCUGAGGUACACAAGGAUGCAGACAGACUUUUCAAGAUGAUUGGGGAGGCUUAUGCAACUGCCUCCGACCCUGGCAAGCGUUUGCAAUUUGAUAGCGAGGAAAAGAUGUUUAAGGCACAGAAGAAAGGUACUGGGAGCAGCCCAUCUCAACCACCACCAGAAUCUCAAAGUCGCCAGUACAGUCCAUUAUACAAGGGCGCCAUGAGGACGUCAAGGGAACAGAGAGAAAGGCACUAUCGGUGGUCUGAAUCAUCUUCAUGGUCCAGGUACUCUUGAACAGGUCAACCGUAAGCUCGUGAUGUCAACAAGUGUGUGUGGUCCUUAGGAGAUCCUCAAUUUUGAUCUGGCUUUUGGUUGAUGGAGGUCGGCUCAGCGCUGCAAGAAAUCAUCUUCAAAAAUGGCGAUAUUGAGAAAAUUUAUGCGAAUCCGUGGAGACGAACCUCCCGGUCUCUGCUCCAUGGUUGGGUCGAUAGCAAAAGCACGAGGGUUUUCCUUUCCAUCCAAGAGGUAGAGGUUGUGGCAAUCAGAAUGUUCCCGGCUUGUGAAUUGAAGAAGAAUAUGUUACAUAUUGGUGUAUAUGUUUGUAUAAUUUUUUUUCUUAUAAUCUUGUCUAUUUUUUCAAUGGGAGAAUCAUCAUUAAUUUUUCAAAAAUAAAAAUAGAGGGAGCUUGAUUGAGUUCCA